UUUUUGUAACCCCCGUGAAUUCGGCAGUGGUGAAUCUCAAAACACGUCAUAGUCUGUUGCUGGUAUUGUUGAUGGGAGUUGCUUACUGUUGUAGAUUUUAGCACCUAAAUGUAUUAUUUUGAAUAAAUAAGUAUACUUUGUUGUUGUUUUCUGUUUAGCAGAACUAGCUACUAAUUCUAUAUCAGCAUAGCAAUACCAAUUAAUUAGGAAAUGGCCGGUUCGAGCACUGCGCAGAAGACAUGGGAACUCUCCAAUAGCAUGCAAGAAGUUCAGAGUAUUGAUGAAAUUUAUAAAUACGACAAAAAGCAGCAACAAGAGAUCCUGGCAGCAAAACCGUGGACAAAAGACCAUCAUUAUUUCAAGUACUGCAAGAUCACAGCUCUAGCCCUUCUGAAGAUGGUGAUGCAUGCCAGGUCAGGAGGUAACCUCGAGGUCAUGGGGUUGAUGCUGGGGAAGGUGGACGGAGAGACCAUGAUGAUCAUGGACAGUUUUGCACUGCCGGUUGAGGGAACUGAGACCCGCGUCAAUGCUCAGGCAGCAGCAUAUGAGUACAUGGCUGCAUACAUAGAAAAUGCAAAACAGGUUGGGCGACUAGAAAAUGCUAUUGGCUGGUAUCACAGCCAUCCUGGUUAUGGCUGCUGGCUGUCCGGGAUUGAUGUCAGCACUCAGAUGCUAAAUCAGCAAUUUCAGGAACCUUUUGUCGCAGUUGUUAUUGACCCAACUAGAACAAUAUCUGCUGGGAAAGUAAAUCUUGGAGCUUUUAGAACAUAUCCUAAGGGCUACAAACCUCCAGAUGAGGGUCCCUCUGAAUAUCAGACAAUUCCACUGAACAAAAUAGAAGACUUUGGAGUGCACUGCAAACAGUAUUAUGCUUUGGAGGUGUCUUAUUUCAAAUCUUCACUUGACCGUAAACUGCUGGAACUCCUAUGGAACAAAUAUUGGGUCAACACUCUCAGUUCUUCAAGUUUGCUUACUAAUUCGGAUUAUACCACAGGACAGGUUUUUGACUUGUCUGAGAAGCUGGAGCAGUCUGAAGCCCAGCUUGGCCGGGGCAGUUUUAUGUUAGGUUUGGAUACACAUGACAGGAAGUCAGAAGAUAAAUUGGCCAAGGCGACAAGAGACAGCUGCAAGACCACAAUAGAAGCUAUCCAUGGCUUGAUGUCUCAGGUUAUUAAGGAUAAACUCUUCAAUCAAAUUAAUACAUCCUCUACCUGAUCUCGGGGCACUACCUGGAAGCCAAGAUUUACGACAUGUCGGAUUUUGUUUCACCAACGCACAUAUCCUAGCUCUGUGUUUAAUAAUCUGUUAACUGUGGCUAGGCUUUUCAAAGGGGUGGAGUAGGCAUUCAUUGUGAUGUUUAUUCUGCUUAUGUUGCUCCUUUUUUUCAAACUGGCAUAUUUGAAGUAAUGCAUACAAGAGCAUUUUGACAUGACAUUUUAGUAAAGCUUCUCCAAACUGGAUUUUUUUUUUAUGUGACAUAAAAACAUGUGCACUUAAAUAAAAAUAAAAAAAUGAUUUCAUUG